AGAUGAGUCAUUAGAAAUCACAGAUCCCGUUGCUCUCUGGGGUUUUUUCAGAGCAAUGUUAUCAUUUGACUAUUUUGUGCGGUGCUAUUGAAACGGUUUGUAAUCAGUUUGAGGUGGGUGCCUGAUUCCCAGGUUUCUAUCACCUCAGAAUUCGGGUUGAUCGUCUUUGGGAAAAGUCUGCUUUUUUUGUGCCUUCAUUUCUACGUGUCAAACAACACGAGAAUGCUUCUUGUUUCGAGUGGCCCGCACUCAAAACUAGAAGCGGACAUAUCCCGGAGCUUUUCCAAUGGAUACGCGCCGACGCUUUCAAACACUUCCAGCAGUGGUUUGUCUUCUCGGCGCUUUCUUUAGGUCCCGCCUGUCUACUUGAACGAAUGAGUACUAUGAGAAAGUCGGGGAAAGAACCGGUUUAAUGGGAACCAGAUGUGGAUGAGUGCUGCUAGACUUGUCGAUCAGUUUCGGCAUAAACCAAUGAGUGCCGGCGUUGGGUAGCUCAGCCCUCUCCCGGGGGCUAUUGGCUGUUCUUGGGGUUAAACAUAAAGCCAGCUAUAAAACCAGGAGAUCAGAGAGAGAGAGCCGCUUCUCCUCCCCUUUGGAACCCAUUUACUCGCUUCCAGAAUGCAGGGAAAGGGCUUCACUUCCCUUCUCAAACUGCACUGGUUUCUCAGCUUGGUUUCUGCAAUUGAGAGAGAGGAGCUUUUCCCGUUUGGUCCACGCGCACAGGACCUGACCCUGCAGCAAGGCGAUGAUGAAACCUCACAAGUUGUACAACUCAAAAGACCGUUUGUCUUCUAUGACACACAGUUCAGUCAACUCUACGUGGGAACGAAUGGGAUCAUCUCCACUAAGGAUUUGCCCCGAGAGACUCAAUAUGUGGAUGACGGAUUCCCCACCGAUUUCCCGGUGAUAGCACCUUACUUGUCAGAUAUCGACACUAGCAAUGACCGAGGGCGAAUUUAUUACAGACAAGACCAUUCCUCGGAUAUCCUUGACCGAGCCGGCCGGGAGAUCAGGAAAAGUUUCCCUCAAAGCUCAUUCACUCCGACCAACGCUUUCAUCGCCACUUGGGAGAACGUGGCGCCUUAUGAGGAAGUGUCGCGCUCGGUUGCCUCCUCUGGCAGGUUCAACACCUUUCAAGCACUAUUGGCUUUUGAUGAGUCAAACACCUAUGCAAUAUUCCUCUACCCGGAAGAUGGGUUGCAGUUCUUUGGGACCCGCCCUAAAGAGUCCUACAAUGUUCAGAUAGAGCUGCCUGCUCGGGUGGGCUUCAGCAGAGGGGAAACUGGGUUCAUACUGUGGAGAAGUGAGGGUCCUUAUUACAGUGUUACCAGCAAUGAACAAUCCGUGAAAAACCUAUAUCAGAUGGGGAAUUCAGGGACUCGAGGAGUUUGGGUUUUUCAUAUCGGUGGAACUUCCUCAUUUAACAACGUAAUUCCAGCAAAUGUGGAAGGGACACCUUCAAGAGAGGACUCUGUUACAUUGGAUAGCACUUUAAGUGGCCCAAUUGUGCCUAACAUAUUGGAAUCUGAAUACACUGACAAUGAAGAUUACAAACAAUACUAUGAUGAUGAUGAUGAAGACAACGAAUACACCCCCUCCAUACCCACAGAGGCUGUGGACGGAGUUCCUGGGAUUGCAGAGAACCCACCAUAUCCAGAUGGAGGCAUAAUACCAUCCUAUCCUGAAGGCUACCCCGAGGCAGGCAUCGUAUCAUCAUACCCUGAGACUGGGGGUCUGCCAUUUCCAGAGAGGCAACCUGAGGUUAUUUCAGCAUCAAGAUACUCAGAGGUUGAAUCUUUACCAAGAAAUCCAUUACCUGUUACACAUGAUAGACAUGUUGUCAGUGUAGAAGAAGAUCAGGAACUAGGUACUGGUGUUUUCACGUACAGUACAGGCACAAGGGAAACCUGUGAAAGAAACCAGGGACAGUGUUCCCAGCAGGCUUAUUGUGCUGAUUACUCAACUGGAUUCUGCUGUCAUUGCCAUUCUGGUUACUACGGCAAUGGAAGGGAAUGUCUACCAGAAGGUGUUACCCAGCGUGUAAAUGGAAAAGUAAAUGGAAAAUUAAUAGUUGGAGCCAAUCAAAUGCCUGUGGAGUUUCGGAAUGCUGACCUGCAUGCAUAUGUAGUUGUAAAUGAUGGGAGAGCCUUUACAGCUAUUAGCCAAAUUCCUGAGGUGGUAGGUUGGGCAAUGCAGUCGCUUUCUAUAAUUGGAGAUCUUUUUGGAUGGUUGUUUGCUGUGGAGCAACCAGGCUUCAAAAAUGGUUUCAGCAUUGCAGGUGCUAAAUUUAUUCGCAAUGUUGAUAUCAUCUUCUAUCCUGGCAAUGAGAAGUUAAAUAUAAUGCAAAUAGCUCAGGGACUUGAUGCACAGAAUUAUCUCAGUGUUGCCACUGAAAUUGAAGGUGAAUUGCCUGAUAUUGCCGAAGGCGCUAAAGUCCAGAUCCAGCCAUAUGAUGAACUCUACCAUCGUUCCAGUUCUGCAAUUACCUCUGCAACCAACAGAGAGUAUUCUGUUGAAACCAGGAGUGGUGAGACACAGACACUUCGAUAUCAAUUGAGGCAGAACAUUACCUACUAUGACUGUAAACAUGCACCUAGGAGCAUUCCAGCCAGUCAACAACUGAAUGUUGAUCGUAUUUUUGUGCUUUAUGAUGAGAGUGAGGAGGUUGUUAGAUAUGCAAUGAUUAACCAGAUUGGACCUGCCAGAGCUCAUUCAAGGCCUGAAACAGUAAAUCCAUGUCAGAAUGGAAGCCACACUUGUGAUCCAAGAGCACAAUGUUUUCCAAUAAACGAACGUGAACACAUCUGCAAGUGUGCUCCUGGCUACGAAGGAGAUGGCAAGUUUUGCUCAGAUAUCGAUGAGUGUGCUGAUAGUAGCACCCAUGAAUGUGGUGAACAUACUGUUUGUAUCAAUGUUGCUGGAUCGUAUGGGUGUGACUGCCAGCAUGGUUAUAAAAUUCUAGAGAAUGGAAAUACAUGUGUUCCUGUUGACCAGUGUACUGAAGGUUUAUGUCAUCCACAUGCAACCUGUUAUGACACCCCUGACUCAUAUGUCUGUCGGUGUAACCCUGGUUACGAAGGAGAUGGUACCCAGUGUAGACCAAAAGAGCCAGGACGUUCAAAGACUGCUUGUGAGGAGCUGCGAGAUGAAGUGGAAGCUGAGUUCAGCCCCCGUGGGCCUAGGCCCCACUUUGGAAUGCAUGUUCCUCAAUGUGAUGAGCAGGGCAACUUCACACCUCUACAGUGCCACAGCAGUACAGGACAGUGCUGGUGUGUAGAUGCAUGGGGCAGGGAAAUUUCUGGAACUAGAACACAGCCUGGAAAUAAUCUACCAGAAUGUGGGCACUCAGAACCCAUUCAGCACCCAAAGACUGCUUGUGAACAAUAUCGAGAGAGGCUGAAAACAGAGCUAAGUUUGCGUGGAUCGCCAGCUCUUACUGGAAUCCAUAUCCCUGAGUGUGAUGAUGAAGGAAACUUUAGACCUCUACAAUGCCACGGCAGUACUGGCCACUGUUGGUGUGUUUAUGAAAAUGGACAAGAAAUUCCAGGGACUAGGACGCCACCUGGAACUGAUCAGCCACAGUGUGGACAGCCAGUAACAAAUGAACAUCGAAAGACUGCUUGCGAGCAGCAUCGAGACAGAUUGCAAGCAGAACUCAGUCUGCGUGGAUCUCAGCCUCUCAUUGGAGCCUAUAUCCCUCAGUGCGAUGAGGAGGGGAACUUCAGGUCUCUGCAGUGCCAUGGCAGUACAGGUCACUGCUGGUGUGUGGAUGAAAGGGGACAGGAAAUUCCUGGGACGAGGACACCACCUGGAGCUGGUCAACCACAGUGUGGACAGCCAGCAACCAAUGAACGUUCAAAGACUGCCUGUCAACAGCAUCGAGAGAGACUGCAAAUAGAGGUGCAUAGAUCACAACCUAUUAUUGGAAUCCAUAUCCCUGAGUGUGAUGAGGAGGGGAACUUCAAGCCUCUGCAAUGCGACAGCAAUACAGGGUACUGCUGGUGCGUGUAUGACAACGGACAGGAAAUUCCAGGGACGAGAACACCCCCUGGAACCAGUCAGCCACAGUGUGGGCAGCCAGCAACCAAUGAAUGGCCAAAGACUGCUUGUGAACAGCAUCGAGAGAGACUUCAAACAGAGCUGCGACUGCGUGGAAGUCAAACGCUUGUUGGAAUCCAUAUCCCUGAGUGUGAUGAGGAGGGGAACUUCAGACGCCUGCAAUGUCAUGGCAGUACAGGAUACUGCUGGUGUGUAUAUGAGAACGGACAGGAAAUUCCAGGGACUCGGAUACCUCCUGGAACUGAACAGCCCAGCUGUGAAGUGCCAGCAAGUAAGGAACGGUCGAAGACUGCUUGUGAGCAACAUCGAGAGAGACUACAAACGGAACUGAGCCUGCGUGGAAAUCAAGCUCUUGUUGGAAUCCAUAUCCCUGAGUGUGAUGGAGAGGGGAAUUUCAGGCCUGUGCAGUGCCAUGGCAGUACAGGCCACUGCUGGUGUGUAUAUGAAAAUGGACAGGAAAUUCCAGGGACACGGACAGCACCUGGAAGUAAUCCACCUCGCUGCGGGCUGCCAGCCAGUGAACGUCCAAAGUCUGCUUGCGAACAACAUCGAGAGAGGCUACAAACACAGUUGAGACUGCAUGGAUCGCAACCUCUUGUUGGAAUCCAUAUCCCUGAGUGUGAUGAGGAGGGGAACUUCAGGCCUCUGCAAUGCCACAGCAGUACAGGCCACUGCUGGUGUGUAUAUGAGAACGGACAGGAAAUUCCUGGCUCUAGGAAACCCCCCGGUACUGAUCGACCACAGUGUGGACAGCCAGCCACUGAUGAACGCCCAAGGACUGUUUGUGAACAAUACCGAGAGAGAUUGCAAGUAGAGCUUAAUCUGCGUGGAUCACAACCUUUUGUUGGAGCCUAUAUCCCAGAGUGUGAUGAGGAGGGCAACUUCAGGCCUCUGCAGUGCCAUGGCAGUACAGGUCACUGCUGGUGUGUGGAUGAAAGGGGACAGGAAAUUCCUGGGACAAGGACACCACCUGGAGCUGGUCAACCACAGUGUGGACAGCCAGAACCAACUGAACGCCCAAAGACUACUUGUGAACAGCAUCGAGACAGAUUGCGAGCACAGCUGAACCUGCGUGAUUCUCUUGUUGGAGCCUAUAUCCCUGAGUGCGAUGAGGAGGGGAACUUCAGGCCUCUGCAGUGCCAUGGCAGUACAGGCCACUGCUGGUGUGUGGAUGAAAGGGGACAGGAAAUUCCUGGGACGAGGUCACCACCUGGAGCUGGCCAACCACAGUGUGGACAGCCAGGACCCAUUGAACGUCCAAGGACUGCCUGUGAACAGCAUCGAGACAGAUUGCAGGCAGAGCUGAGUCUGCGUGGAUCACAGCCUCUCAUUGGAGCCUAUAUCCCAGAGUGUGAUGAGGAGGGGAACUUCAGGCCUCUGCAAUGCCAUGGCAGUACAGGCCACUGCUGGUGUGUGGAUGAAAGGGGACAGGAAAUCCCUGGGACAAGGACACCACCUGGAACUGGUCAACCAGAGUGUGGACAGCCAGGACCCAUUGAACACCCACGGACUGCUUGUGAACAGUACCGAGAGAGACUGCAAGCAGAGCUGAACCUGCGUGGAUUACAGGUCGGGGUCCAUAUCCCAGAGUGUGAUGAGGAGGGAAACUUCAAGCCUCUGCAAUGCCACAGCAGUACAGGCCACUGCUGGUGUGUGGAUGAAAGAGGGCAGGAAAUUCCUGACACUCGGACUCCUCCUGGAUCUGAUCAACCUCUGUGUGGACAGCCAGAACCCAUUGAACGCACAAAAACUGCUUGUGAACAGUACCGAGACAGAUUGCAAGCAGAGCUGAGUCUGCGUGGAUCACAACCUCUUGUUGGAGCCUAUAUCCCUGAGUGCGAUGAGGAGGGGAACUUCAGGCCUCUGCAGUGCCAUGGCAGUACAGGUCACUGCUGGUGUGUGGACGAAAGGGGACAGGAAAUUCCUGGGACAAGGACACCACCUGGAGCUGGCCAACCACAGUGUGGACAGCUAGAACCCAUUGAUCACCCAAGGACUGUUUGUGAACAAUACCGAGAGAGACUGCAAGCAGAGCUGAACCUGCGUGGAUCACAGCCUCUUGUUGGAGCCUAUAUCCCUGAGUGCGAUGAGGAGGGGAACUUCAGGCCUCUGCAGUGCCAUGGCAGUACAGGUCACUGCUGGUGUGUGGAUGAAAGGGGACAGGAAAUUCCUGGGACGAGGACACCACCUGGAGCUGGUCAACCACAGUGUGGGCAGCCAGAACUCAAUGGUCACCCAAAGACCGUUUGUGAACAGUACCGAGAGAGGCUGCAAGCAGAGAUGAACUUGCGUGGAUUACAGGUGGGAGUCCAUAUCCCUGAGUGCGAUGAGGAGGGGAACUUCAGGCCUCUGCAGUGCCAUGGCAGUACAGGCCACUGCUGGUGUGUGGAUGAAAGGGGACAGGAAAUUCCUGGGACGAGGACACCACCUGGAGCUGGUCAACCACAGUGUGGACAGCCAGAACCAAGGACUGCUUGUGAACAGUAUCGAGAGAGACUGCAAGCAGAGCUGAACCUGCGUGGAUUACAGUUGGGGGUUCAUAUCCCAGAGUGUGAUGAGGAGGGGAACUUCAAGCCUCUGCAAUGCCAUGGCAGUACAGGCCACUGCUGGUGUGUGGAUGAAAGGGGACAGGAAAUUCCUGGGACGAGGACACUACCUGGAGCUGGUCAACCACAGUGUGGACAGCCAGCUCAUAUUGAAGGCCCAAAGUCUGUUUGUGAACAGCAUCGAGAGAGAAUGCAAGCAGAGCUGAACCUGCAUGGAUCACAGGUUGGAGUCCAUAUCCCUGAGUGUGAUGAGGAGGGGAACUUCAGGCCUCUGCAAUGCCAUGGCAGUACAGGUCACUGCUGGUGUGUGGAUGAAAGGGGACAGGAAAUUCCUGGGACUCGGACUCCUCCUGGAUUUGGUCGACCACAGUGUGGACAGCCAGAACGCACUGAACACCCAAAGAAUGCUUGUGAGCAGCAUCGAGACAGAUUGCAAGCAGAGCUGAGUCUGCGUGGUUCUCUUGUUGGAGCCUAUAUCCCUCAGUGCGAUGAGGAGGGAAACUUCAGGCCUCUGCAGUGCCAUGGCAGUACAGGCCACUGCUGGUGUGUGGAUGAAAGGGGACAGGAAAUUCCUGGGACAAGGGCACCACCUGGAGCUGGUCAACCACAGUGUGGACAGCCAGCAAAUAAUGAACGUCCAAAGAUGGCUUGUGAGCAACUUCAUGAGAGAAUGCAAGCAGAGCUGAGUCUGCGUGGUUCUCUUGUUGGAGCCUAUAUUCCUCAGUGCGAUCAGGAGGGGAACUUCAGGCCUCUGCAGUGCCAUGGUAGUACAGGCCACUGCUGGUGUGUGGAUGAAAGGGGACAGGAAAUUCCUGGAACAAGGACACCACCUGGAGCUGGUCAACCACAGUGUGAACAGCCAGAACCCACACAGCGACAACCAACAGUGUGUGAACGGUGGAGACUGAGUCUUCUGGAACAUUAUGGUGGCAGACCAGCUAAUGAUCAAUAUAUUCCUGAAUGUAAUGAGUUUGGGGAUUUUAGCCCCCUGCAAUGCCAUGGGAACAGUGGCUACUGUUGGUGUGUGGAUAAAGAGGGUCGAGAAAUUCAAGGAACUAGAACUGAACCCGGCAGUCCACCAGCAUGUAUACCAACAGUUGCACCUCCCAUUACACAACCUUCUCCAGCACCUGUCGUGACUCCACCAAGCACGGGUACCUUCCUUUUAUAUGCUCAGGGACAGCACAUUGGGUACCUGCCCCUGAACGGUACUCAGCUAAACAAAGAGGGAGCCAAGAGCCUAUUAGCUCUUCACGGUUCAAUUGUCAUUGGUAUUGAUUACGACUGCAGGGAUAAGAUGGUUUACUGGACUGAUGUUUCUGGCCGAACUAUUAACCGUGCUAGUUUGGAACCAGGUGCUGAGCCAGAAACCAUUCUUAAUUCAGACCUGAUUAGUCCUGAAGGACUAACCAUAGACUACCUCCACAGAAACAUGUUUUGGACUGACAGUGGAUUGGAUAAGAUAGAAGUUGCUAAAAUGGAUGGAUCCGAACGACGAGUUCUUGUUAAUACUGAUCUGGUAAAUCCCAGAGCAAUUGCAGUGGACUCGCUUAAUGGCAAUCUUUACUGGACAGAUUGGAAUCGUGAAGAUCCUAAAAUUGAGACUUCUCGUGUAGAUGGAACUAACAGAAGGGUGUUGGUUAAAAACGACAUUGGAUUGCCCAAUGGGCUGACAUUUGACCCUUUCUCCUUGCAACUAUGUUGGGCUGAUGCUGGAACCAAACAUCUAGAGUGCAUACUUUCUGAUGGUACAGGAAGACAUGUGGUGCAACGUGGUCUAAACUAUCCCUUUAGUGUUGUUGCUUAUGCAAAUCACUUCUACUACACAGAUUGGAGAAGAGAUGGAAUUAUUGUUGUAUCCAAAGAUAAUAAUCAAAUUACCGACGAAUACCUACCUAAUCAGCGAUCACAUCUGUACGGCAUAACUGUAGCCUACCCUAGUUGUCCGCAUGCAGGAAGAAAAUAAUGAAUGUGCUGGGAAUGACAACUGUAUUUCAGCAUAUUACAUUUGGAGGAAGAGGUGGUUUCUGUUGGAGCACAAUGCUGCAUGGAUUGGUCUGUAUUUUUCCUCCCAUUGUUAGUGGGGACUGAAAAUGUUACAUGGUAACUACAUUUUUUUGGUCAGAGCUUCCAUACCUCAUGACUUUGAAGAAAACACUACUGUGCUGCCUUUUGAUUGCUACAGUGGACACAGUCUCUGACUGGUAUGAACACCCAGUUGCUUAUUCUUAAAUUUAAAGAACACAAGCAUAAAUUUUCUGUGAUGGAUACAUAACAAGUAUACAAUGCAGUGAAGAAAAAGCACAAAUUUAUGUUGCUGCAAUAAAGUACUCCAGAGAUGAUUUAAUAGGUGGUGGUACAAGGGCCCCUGAUUUACAAACAUCUAACUUACAAAUGGUCAUAUUUACAAAUGUGAUCCCAUACAAGGGUGCCAUAUGAAUGCCUCCAGUACUUACGAACAGUCACUUUACAAUGUCCUGCAACGUGUUCUAAUUUGCAAAGAAAUCACCUUGCGAAUGGACUCCAGAACAGAACCUGUUCACAACCUGAGGCCUGGCUGUAUUCUUUAAAGGUUGACCAAAUGUUUCAAUUUCUUGCCCCAUCAUCCAAAAAUUACUGCACUUAUUUCAGUAGUAUUUGUCAGUGAGCUUCAAACAACUGUAAGCAAUCACGACUUUCAGACUCUACACCUGAAUUAGUGUCAAACUUAGCAAGAUUCAGUUAUUCAGUCAGGUAUUGCUGUAAUUGUUAUCUUUGUCAAACAACAGAUACAUAUGAAUCAUCAAUGAAUCUACUUUAGUCCAACAAAAUAAAACCAGUCCUCGUUAGUCUGAAAAUAUUUCUUUAACCAAAACUCGCAACCACAGUGAUGCUACAAGUUGUACCAAAGAUUGUUCCACAUUAAAUGUCAAUGUAUCAAA